AUGCUAGUAGGCAAAUGCUUUAUGGACGGCUGCAUGAUUCAGCCAAGGGGUAAAUGCGAUUGUAACAACACCACAACUUUAUUCUGCGAUUUGCAUGCUCUUGAUCAUAUUAAAUCUCCAAGCUGAAAUGGGCAUUUUGGUCAGAGCCUUUAUUUUAAACCAUCUGAAGAAACUAAAUCCGUCACUGCAAAAAGAAUCUUAAGCUUGAUUAAUUGCAUUUACUUAUUUGGUAUUUUUAGUGUUAAUACCCAUGCCCAAUAAUGCAGUUAAGCCAGCUAAUAAUGCCACUGGCCCUUCUGUCUCAUAAAAUGGCGUACUGUGCGGAGAGAUAUUCUUUUGCUUGUCUCACCAGUACAUCUCAAUAGGUGCUUGCUGUCACUUGUAACUUACUUCCUGCACGAGCCCACCUAAAGAUCACCUUCUUCAGAUGUACUGAGUGGAUAAGCCCAAGUUUCCAAAUUCCCAAAGGAUCAUACAGGAGACUGUUUGCCCUCUAGCCUUUAACUGACGUAGCUAGUAGCCAGUAACCAGUAAUUACUUACAAGUGUCAGAUAACUGACCCUUGAGAAUCGCCCUUACGGGCGAAUUUUUAUUAAAAUGGAAAUAUAGAGGUUUCCUCUAUAUAGCGCUAAAAGCGCAGACAUUUUCCCAGGAGCUUUCCAAGUUCGUCGGACCAAAUCGCUUUUUGGUCCGACCAAGGCAUUGAUUUGGUGCAACCUACCGAUAAAUUCCGAUCAGAAUUUAUCGGCCUUACAGCGCCAAACAUAGGAAACUUCUAUAUCUAUGCCUAGGCUCCUCUUUGCACUUGACCAAAGUACCGUUCAAUCCCUACUUGUCGCAAUGGCUUCGGUCUUGCUAGCCCUUCUGGUCCUUCUCCAGGUCUUUGCUUCAAUAUCUCCUCAAGGAAACUCUUAAUCGCCCUGUCUACUCUAGCGGGCACUGUCAUUUCCUCCCUGGCCAUUUCUUUAAGUAUCUCCAACAGCUCAUACUUGUACAAUCUAUAUCUAAAAGCCUGAAGUCAAGAAGCUGUGGAUUUAUUCCAGCUAGUUCAUCGAUAAAUCCCUCUCUGGCCUCCCUAUACUGCGCACAUGCCUCUAUAAGGUGGGCCUCGUCAUCAAUCACACCACAUUUGGGGGCAGUCCGGGCUAUUAUCCGUCAGCUUUCGCAUAUGGGCAUUGGCUACAGUAGAAUUAAAGCCAGCCCUGUAUCUAUGUAUGGCCCUGAGAAUGUGUCACUUCUCUGUGUUUGAUACUAAGGUACAAAGGCUUUUUUCCAUCUCCUGGGUUCCCUGUUGCAAAUAAGCAUAUAGUCGAGCCAUCUUCUUCUCCUCAGACAUAAUCUGCAUUCUCUGUUGGUGUAUUCUGUGACCCGAAUCUUGCUCUGAACAUCUAAAGCCCAUUUUCUAUCUUCUUGGUUCCUUUGAUCAUUGAGGCAGUCCUCAAUUGAGUAUCCUCUGAGCUGUUCUGCACAUCUAGCUUGUCAGCCCAAGUUUUCUUUGACAUUGAAGAACAUAAGAGCUCUAGUGAGUCAGUUUUUGCUCCUUUGGCACCUCAGCCUGAAAAUAAGGGAUCUUGCAGCAAUCCUCCCCUGAAGGGAGACCCAUCCCAAUUCCAUCAGAGCCGUUUCGUUAGCUGUACCAUUCGGGGCCCCUAAGAGCCACCUGGCCAUUCUUCUCUGAAUCCUCUCCAUGUGAUCUCACUUUGGCUUCGACAUAUUCUCAGAUCCACAUUCUUCUUUCGCGUAGACGCUAACGGUAGAGACACAGGCUUGCAGAAUAGUUGCCUUCCUUUCAAUUGAGACAUCCCUUAGGGAAGCAAGCAUCCCAAAUUGAGCCAUGCAGCUUGCCCGAGUCUUUGCUAUUGAAUUGUGAAGCCCCUUAGUGCCAUUCCUUCUUGUCUGUAUGAUAUAGCCCAGAUACCUAAAAUCUUUGCUAGCCUUAAGCGGCACUCCCUUGAUAGUCAAAAGCCUGUCUCCUCGAAGAGAGUCAGGGAUGUGCAUAGUUUCUGACUUGUCAGGGUUGAUGGCUAGAGAGAAUCUCUCCGCUCAUCCCUCGCAUAUGUCCAACAUUCGCUGAAGGUCUUGGCGUGUGGAUGCUAUGAGAGCAAUAUCAUCAGCAUAUAGCAAUAUCCCUACCUUAGUCUGACCAAUCGGCGUUUCUAGCGUUACCCCAAGCCCCGCAUCCUUGAUGUCUUUGACCAGCUCGUUAGGGAUAAAAUUGAAGCAUAUUGGUGAUGAGCUGCCUCCCUGCCUGACGCCUUUGCUUAUUAGGAUAGGCCGUGCGUGCUCGCCGUUGAUAAUGAAUGUAUUGGUUUCUCUCGUGUAUAUGGCUUUGAGCAUAGUGACUGUCUCCAGACUAAUGCCCCUUGCUAGCAUAACGUUGAAUAGGUCUGACCUCCUUACUGAAUCAAAGGCCUUCCUCAAGUCCAAGAAGGCGCAGUGUAGCUGUUUCCCGUGUUUUUUGUGCCAGUCUACUAUUGUUUGGAGCUUAAAAUAUUGGUCCGCUGUUGACGAUUUCUUAGUGAAACCUCCUAGAGCGGGAUCUAGGAUCCUUUUCCUUCUCGCUUCAGAUGUGAUCCUGUUUACUAAGGAUCUUGUCAAUAGUCUUGUAGAGAGAGUUAAGGAUUGUAAUUGGUUUCAUGUCUUCAGGCCUCUUCGAUCCAGGCUUCUUCGGAAUAAGGACCACGUAUGCACUUUUCAUGUCAUCCGGUAGGGCUCCAGCCAGCCAUAUCUUCCGGAUAAGAAGGGUGGCUAUCUUAACCACUGCCUCCCCACCAUGCUUGAUAAGCUCAGCCGGGACCCCGUUAUUGUCUACUGCUUUACUGUUCCCAAGGCUUUUGAUAGCUUCCUCCACUUCAGCCCUUUCGGGGGGAUUCGAAUCGUUUAGUGAGGGGAGGGGGACCUGAUCAUCAGAGGAAUACGUCGCCUCCCACCAACUUACCAAAGCUUCAGUUUCAAGGCCUGAGAAUCUUGGCGGCUUCGCCCUCAUUGAUCGCUUUAUUCUUUGCAUAGAGCUCCAGCAACUAUUCAUGUCCAUCGCUGCCUGCUCGGCUUUCCUUUCUUGUCACCUGAGCUUCCUCUGGCGUUUAACUUCCCUUCUUGAAUUCUUUGACCUGAACUCUCCAGAGUUUCAACAACGACAGUCUCUUUGGUCCUUCCUUAGUUUUUAAUGCUUUUCACCGAGUCUUUCUGGCUUUCCUUAGCAUUCGGAGCGUUUCUGAGGUUAGUGAGUUUUCUGACCUGGGGCUAGUAUAACCCAAGGUACUUGCUGCCGCCGACAGGAGAGUUUUUUUACAUAUCUCUGAAUAUAGACUGUCAGCUUGGAGUCCUUCGCUGGGUAUGCUCGAAAGUCUGUGGGAUGCUGCAGAUUGGUAGGCUUUUAGAUAGUGCUUAUUUGUGAGCCUGUCUAGUCUGAUCUUCCACCUAUGCUGAGUCUCCUUUAAGUUGACAAAUGUUCGAAGGGUUAGGGAAAUGGGGGGCAUGAUCCGAGGUGACCAGAUUGUCUUAUCUUAUAGAAUUUAUAACGUUUAACGUCCACUACGGCGUGACAACCCCAGGUACAGCCACUCGCCUUGCGUCGCAUCGGGCCCACAGGCCGCUGGGGAUAGCCUAAUUUGAUCACCAGGGUGCUUCUCGGGUAAGUUUUCCGGCUUCGACGGCUCAUGAAUGAGCUACUUGCUUGUGACAUGGGUUUGCUUUUCCGAAAAAACCCAAAAAAUGGAUUUUUCUGGUCGGCUAUCGGCAAAAAGGAAAAACACGUAGCCUGGGACGUAACGCCCAGUUUCACGCUAGGGAGUUGCCCGAUUGGUCCUAACGGACUCUGCUGAGAUUCCCCUUUCCAACUCCGUGCCCUCCUUCCCCACGAGAAAAAAUCCACCCCUGAGAAUAGACUAGGACUAGGCUCUGAACGCCACCAGAAUUGCUUACCUAGUAUUGCCGUCCAUCUCUAGAAUGGUAAAACCUUGCCGGAUAUAAUUAAAUAUGAGUCGAAGCUGCAUGGCCGGGAGGCCAUGCCCAGACGAAGACGCCAUAUUUAAUUAUGGUGACCAGAUUGUCACAGUGAGCUUUAUGAAUUAUCACCAUAUCAAGAAGACCUCCAUCAACAAGGGCGUAGUCCAGGCAGAAGGCUUUCCCAUUGGGGUGUAAGUAGGUCGGUUCGCUCUGAGGUAGGAUGGUCAGAUCUCACUGUUCCGAGAACCUCCGUAAGUAGCUUCCAUUAUCAUUAUCUUCGUCUGAGCAUCACCCCCUGAGGUGGGCAUUGAAAUCUCCAAGAAGUACAACAGGGAGAUCCGCCCUGCCUUGCCUCAGCAAUGACCUGGCUUAGGCUCCGAUAAAAUUCGUCAGUUUCAUCUGGGUUUGAGCCCUCAACUGGUGCAUAGGCUCUUAUAAAGACUAGCUCUUUUGUUUGAAAGGCCGACUAUCCGCGAUUCCAUGAUAAUCUUUGGGGUCGGGUCAACUAUUUCCCGCCUGUAAGCUAUAGCUGCUCCAUGGGUUUGGCUAGUGCCUGGGGUAUGAACCCACUCAUAUCCCUGGAGCUGUGGCAACCUCGAGCGGUCUGUGGUUUUGGUCUCCGUGAAGGCAAUUAUGUGGGGCUUCUCCUCAACCAAAAGCUGGUUUAGCUCGUUAGCCUUGCUUAGUAAUCCAUUGACAUUGAGAUGCAUAAGCUUAAGGUCGACCUCAAGCUGGCCGACCGAGGGUUUUUUAUCCUGUCUUGUCUCCUGGGAUCCUCUGUCAAAUUGGUCAUCCGGAGCCCUCGGUCUUUUCGGAUGCAAGUUAGCAUCUAGAGUGACCUGUCUGUAUGAAGAGGGGAAGCAACUGGGACUGGGCGAAGCUUAAUUGAGUCAUUGUAGUUAGAAGAGGUUACGUUAGGAUUAGAGAUUUCCAUAGCCUGACUUUUCCCUUUCUUGGCCUUGACCUUGUUUCUGGCUGGCAUUACUUUCUCAUGUCUCUGCUCAUUGUGGCCUUUGUUCUUGCAAAUGGAACACUCCAGGGUUCCAGCGUGGCUUAUUCAAAUGGUUUGGCCUUCUAUCUCUAUUGCUUCAGGGAACUCCAGCGCAAAUUCGGAACUACUGAACUCAACAUAGAGGACGUACUUAGAUUCAGGUAUAAAGCUCAUGGUCUUUCUCUUUUUUCCUUCGGAAAUGGUAUUCUUCAUAUCUAUCUCCAGGAUCCUGCAAAAUUGGCUCAGCUCUUCUGCUACUCUCUCUCAAUGGGCAUACCGAUAGGAAGGCUUGUCCUGAUUCUGUAUCUGUCAUAAUUGAUCUCUCCUGGGGGCAAGUAUGGCCCUGCUGGAACGAGCACUACCUUUCCUAGGUGCUUUACUUUGAUGUAGCCUGCCUUGAGGAUUCGCUCAUAUUUCGCGCCAUCAGUGAAGGUGACCGCGCCAUCUCCAGAUCCCAUCAUCCGAGCCCUUAAAAUGUGUCUCCUGGGCUAAAUAAGGUUUCUAGGGCUUCCGUAAAAGAGAUGUAGAAACUUCUUUUUGCCUCCCUGGUUAGUGCUUUGAGAUGCUUGGUGAGGUAAAAUUUCAUAGUCUUAGCCAUGUGUUCUGCCUCUGCAAAUUUGGGUGAUAUGUGGGUGUCUGAUGUGAACCCAAACAGGAUGCCACCCACGCUAACAUCCAGAGACUGUGGGGACCAGCCCUGCCGUGCAUUGGGGUGUGCUUCUAUUUGACUCAUAUUAGACAUGUUGAAAAAAGUGUUUAACUGAUGUAGCUAGAUAAAGAUUCUGGGAAAGCCGGACUUCGUAAUAAUAAGCUUGAUUACAGAUCUUCAUAAAUUCAAAGCCAAUUUUUUACUUCAAAGUAAUCUGGCCAUUGAUUUUCUUUUAGAAGCAAUUCAGAAUACCUUGAUACGGCUAAAUAAAAUCGAUCAAGAAUGUAAAAAUAUUAUGCAAAUAUCUUUAUCAGAUGUUGAAAUUCUAGAUGUCCCAACUGAAAGCAAUAUUGAAAAAAUAUUAAAAUUAACCAAAGAGGAAGCUGAAGUUGAGUUAGAAAGCUGAGAAGUUCCAGAAUGUGUCCUUGGUAUGGAAAAUAUAGAAUUUUUUAUUAAAAAAAAUUUCAAAGUUAAACUUGAAAUUUUCAAAGAUUUGGGGAAUGUAUGCAAAUCAAAUAUUAUUUGAUUUUUUGAAAAUCAUGGUACAAUAAACAUAUAUAAUCUAGAUAAUGCCCAAGUUAUCCCUCAACCUGAUUGCUUUGACAUGUCUCAAAUGCUAGAGAUAAGUUGAAAAAAUAGCGAAAAUAUCAAGCAUAGCAAGAGGUUUCUCAAUUAUGAUUGAAUUCUUAAAAAAAAAACCAAAAAAAGAACAAAAAAAAUCCUAUUGUUUAUAAUGUUCUACUGGACAAGUAUUGGCCUGCAACAAAAAUCAUAA